CAAACAAAAACGAACUGUGCUUUCAGCUGGGAACACUGGCUUGAUAAGAACGAUCAAAACAUUCGGUCGUGUAGCUUGCUGGAGCUUGGACGCUCUUCAUUUGUGCUCUCCAACGUCGGAUCCCGCAGCAGCAUCCAGCCAGCACUUUCAAGGAUUUUCUAACCAACAGUGUGAGGCAAGCUCGAGCAGACCUAUUCCGGACCGAGCCGUCAUUCGUGUUCCAACCGUUCUGCUAGCUGCACGUGUUUGCAACUUUGCUUUGUCUUCACUAUCGCUUGCUGUACCAUCAAUUGCAAAAUAAAACUGUAUUUUUAAACAAAAUGAGCAUUCGCUCGUGGUGAUUUGAAAGUGGUCGUAAAGUGUGCUGCGAGUUAUUGGCUGGAUAAGUAGUGACGGUGAAUUCUGAAAGUGAAUCGUUUGAAAUUGGUGUGAUUACAUUAUAUAUUCCGCUGAUAAGAGCCCUCGUCUGGGCUGAUUGCCAUGCCUGCCUGCUAAUAAAGGUUUAUACACCUCCGAAUGGCGAAUGAGUGCUUACAACCAAUCAAGAGGGUGGCGUGAAUCUAAUAACCACAUUGUCACUUGAUAACAAGUUUAACGCAUGUCGAAGAUAAGAUUACCUGAAAAAGAAUAGCGUGGUGAAUAGUGUAAAUCUAAAUAAAUGUGAUACUUGAUUGCUAGCAACCAAAUUGGGAACUACUGAAUCAAAGCACGUAACAAGUCCUGCACCAGCGCACGGAAGCUUUACAUUGCAAGAACGGAACAUGCUAAGAAUGUCACAUAGCCCUCCGGCUUGCAAUUUUCACGUUCACAAUCCAAUACCUAACAGUACAUAAAGCUUUCAAAAGCAACGGAAAAAUAUCCCACUACUUCUAUUAGUGUUAUCGUUCCUGUGCAUCCCAGUUUGGUAGUCAAGAAGAAGGGAUAUCAAAGAGUAAUUCUACCAGUUGCUUGGAAUUUCUUGAAGCCCAAAUCAAUAUUUUUUGCACUUUUUUUUAUAAAUACUUAAUGUGAUUGAAAUUGGAACGUAACGAUGGAGACAGCAAAUGAAAUGGAAUAAGCAACGAGAUCAUCACAAUGAUGCAGCGUCAAUCGAUUAUGAAUCUAUUUUUAGAGCAAUAAGCAGAAGUCCAAAAUCGAUGCACUCGAAACGUGCUGGCAUAAUUUAAUAUUUUUUCCGAUUGAGGAAAAUUGUGGAGUAAAAAUCCUUGUAUUGCAACCCAACCAGAGUAGACAAUAAUGACAAUAAUAUUAGUACCUUAUAGCGAGUAGAUAUUAACGAAAGAAUUUUCUUUGGUGACAAGAAAAACUACUACUUUCCACUAUACCACAUACAAAAACAAAAGCCUCCGACGCUCAUUUUUGGUCACACUUGGACAAAAGAUUUUCAAAAGCUCUCUUUCGUUCGGCUCAACCGACAGCUUCCAUAAGCACUCAAACACAAUGGAUCUAAAGCACUCGAGCGUACCAGAAGUGACGGUAGUUGCCGAUGCAUACAUGCCCGGCAGCAAAUCCUCCGAUCUGAUAAAGCCACCCAUCAAUGGAUCAAACGCAACGCUGGACAAGCCCGCGCUGCCACCGGGGGAAUUCAAGAUGUACAAGCGACGAUGGCUGGUGCUGGCAAUUUUCGUAAUGUAUUCCGCCUCGAAUGCGCUCCAGUGGAUCCAGUACAGUAUUAUAGCGAAUAUAGUUCAAAGAUAUUAUAACAUUAGCAGCACAUGGGUGGACUGGACGUCAAUGAUCUUCAUGAUACUCUACAUUCCAUUAAUUUUCCCUGCAAGCUGGAUAUUAGAUAAACUGGGUCUGCGUAUAGCUGCAAUCAGCGGAGUGUUGGGCACAUGCCUAGGAGCAUGGAUAAAAUGUUUUUCCGUUCAACCCGAUUUGUUUUGGGUCGGUUUCAUCGGCCAGUCGAUCGUUGCGGCGUCCCAAGUGUUUAUCCUGUCACUGCCGGCCAAGGUUGCUGCCGUUUGGUUCGGACCAGACCAAGUAUCGUCAGCUUGCAGUAUCGGCGUUUUCGGCAAUCAGCUUGGAAUUGCCGUUGGCUUUUUGGUGCCACCCAUGUUGGUCCAGAACCACGAUGAUUUGAAUCUUAUUGGUGAUGACCUUCGAGUUAUGUUUUACAUCGUAGCCGGAUUUACAAGUUUGCUUGUAAUUUUGGUGCUUGUCUGUAAUUUUAAGGCGGCACCACCAACUCCUCCGUCGGCAGCCCAGGAGGCAACGCAGACACCUAAUCCCCUUCAGUCGUCACCAUUUAUUCAUUCCAUCAAACGAUUGUUGCUAAACCGAAACUACGUUCUCCUACUCAUUUCGUACGGAAUGAACGUUGGUGUAUUCUACGCUAUCUCAACCCUUCUGAAUCAGAUCGUGCUUACUCAUUAUCCUGGACACGAGGUGGAUGCCGGUCGAAUCGGUGUUUGUAUUGUUUUUGCCGGUAUGCUGGGUUCCGUUGCUUGUGGAAUCGUGCUUGAUAAGACCCAUCGAUUCAAGGAGACAACGUUGGCUGUUUACAUUUUCACCAUGAUUGGGAUGUGGAUUUACACCUUCACAUUGUCUAUCGGACACAUCUCAGUUGUCUACAUCACAUCAGCAUUACUGGGUUUCUUCAUGACUGGAUAUCUUCCGGUGGGCUUUGAAUUUGCCGCUGAAUUGACCUACCCGGAACCAGAAGGCACAUCUACAGGUCUCUUGAACGCUGCAGCUCAAGUUUUUGGUAUCGCAUUUACCAUGGCUUAUUCAGAGAUUCUCAAUGGUAGUGGAGACAUAGUUGCUAACGUGACAAUGGCUGUGAUGUUAUUAGUUGGAUCGGUUGUUACGGCAAUCAUUCGAUCUGAUUUACGGCGCCAAGCGGCCCAGAAUCCAAAUGCCUAAAAAAUUCGCUCCAAAUUUCAACAGAAAGCUAAUUUUAGGUAAAAUUUGUUCUAAACUCGUUGCAUUUCGAGAUUGGGUUUUUAAAGUGCGAGUAUAAAGAAAGGAUAAACUGUUGUUUAGAAAAUAUGACUAGUUUUGAUAUAUAUUUUAUAAGUUUAUUAAUCGAAAGUUUAGAUUAACAUGAUUAACAAAUUCCACACACUCUGAAACUUGUUCAAAUAGGAUGAACCGAGAGAAAGGAUUCAAACUCAAACCAAAAAUAAAUUAGUCGGCACCUCUCCACUGGAAUGUGCCUGAAUGCCAUAUAUCCUAUAUUCUGUGCACAUAUUUACAAUGGCGCAGAGAAAGCGAGUUGAAGUGAGACAGUCAAUUAAAUAAAACUUUAACAUUCGGUACCACCAGAUUUUAAAUUGCAUCACAUUGAUUGCUUUGAACUUUGAAGAAUUAAUAAAUAUUUAUAAAUUGGUAUUUUGUGAUGAAAACCACAUGAAAAAUCUUUAUCAUUUGAAUCACUAUGCUGAACACAAGUUGAAAGCAAUUAACUGUAUAAUAAAAUAUAUUAUCACCAUGAAAGUGGAAAAGUAUUUUAGGGUAAGUUUGUUGCUAGAUUAGUAAUACAAAGUACAAUAGUUAGUAUUAGCUGUGAUAACUUGUUAAAUUGUAAAAUGAACGUGCUAGAUUUGUAUUCAAGUAGUCGAUUGAACGAGAAAACCUCCCCAACCAGAUACCUAAUAUAGCGUAAAAUGACAAUAAAAGCCAAAAUAUGUCUAAAACAACCCAUUCAUGUUUAUAUAAUGUCACUCUUACUCGUUCUGCUGAUAUAAAAAGAUGCAAAUUAUAUUGAUGCAGUUUUUAAAAAAACAUUAUCAUAACUACAUUAUAUUGUGCAAUCCCUUAGACGAGUGCAAUAAAACAUUUUUUUACACUGCUUCAUCUGAUGAUGUUGAAAAGGGUGACAACAAUAUCCAACCUAUCCAAUGACAAUACAUGCAAUACCUUUAGAUGAUGCUUGGUAUUUAUUCAACUGAGAGUUAAUAACACAAACAAAAAACAAAAAGACUUAGAAUUUAGAUAAAAAUAACAUAAAAUAACAUUAUGAAUAAGCGCUCGUUACAGGUGGAAUUAUCUAGUCGGAAAGUUGUGAGUAAAAUUUUAAAAGCCAAUUGGUAGAAUUACAAUUCCCUACACCGAAACUGCACACAUCCAAUACACCCACUCAAACAAAGAAACAAAUGCCAAAAAUAUUUUAGAUAACGAAUGUGUUUACCAAAAUAGUGUUUAAAGAAGAACGAGAGUAGAAACUGAAUUAAUGUAAUCGAGCGACAAUAAAAAAAAAACAACAUAACAAAAAUGCAUAGCUGAGAAGAAAAUCGACCGGUAGUUGCCAUCCAUAAACGCGAAGGUGAUUUUUAAAGAAAUAUUAGGGUUCCGCUAUAACCACGCUUCCCUGUUUUUGCAUGGACAAAAUGUCAUCAAAUAGAUUCAGAUGUCAUGUCUUAAUACUAAAUCACUUGGAUUCUAGGCAAAUGUCCAGUUCUUAUGCUUGAGUGACUGUUACAAUCCAAAUACUGCAGUGUUUAAACACAUAUACUCCCAAGCUGAAACGUCGGUUGUACCUUUUCCUUGAAUUCCGACAUAUCUUAGUCGAUCUGAGAAUUACAUGUUAACCAACUUACAUUACAGUUCAAAAAGGUAUAACCAUCUUUAAGCUUGAGAGUUUAAAUACUGAAGCAUAGCUGUGUGCGUGUGAAAUAUUUCACAAUAGUAAAAUCAGGUUGGAAACUGAAUAAACAUAUAACUGAUUCCAUUCAAUCCCAUUUGAACAAGACAUAACAAUAUCAAACAACAAGUAAACGUGAAAUUCUUCGCAUGAGCAAUACAAAUAAAAUUUAAAACGCAUUUCACGGUA